AUGGAAUGGUGCCAGCGGGCUGGGCUCAUCAUGGUGCCGGGUGCCGUCCUGGCCCGAGGGAGGGAUGUGUGCAAGCGGAACGGACUGCUCAUCUUGUCUGUGUUAUCUGUCACCGUGGGCUGCCUCCUCGGCUUCUUCCUGAGGACCCGGCGCCUCUCUCCACAGGAAAUUAGUUACUUCCAGUUUCCUGGAGAGCUAUUGAUGAGGAUGUUGAAGAUGCUGAUCCUACCACUGGUGGUCUCCAGCUUGAUGUCUGGCCUCGCCUCCCUGGAUGCCAAGACCUCCAGCCGCCUGGGCAUCCUCACCGUGGCGUACUACCUGUGGACCACCUUCGUGGCAGUCGUCGUGGGCAUCAUCAUGGUCUCCAUCAUCCACCCGGGUGGCGCGGCCCAGAAGGAGAUUACAGAGCAGAGUGGGAAGCCCAUCAUGAGCUCAGCCGACGCCCUGCUGGACCUCAUCCGGAACAUGUUCCCAGCCAACCUGGUGGAAGCCACAUUCAAACAGUACCGCACCAAGACCACCGCCGUUAUCAAGUCCCCCAAGAUGGCAUCGGAGGAGGCCCGCUCUCGGCGGAUCCUCAUCUAUGGGGUCCAGGAAGAGAAUGGCUCUCAUGUGCAGAACUUCGCCCUGGACCUGACCCCGCCGCCCGAGGUCGUUUACAAGUCAGAGCCUGGCACCAGCGAUGGCAUGAACGUGCUGGGCAUCGUCAUCUUCUCCGCCACCAUGGGCAUCAUGCUGGGCCGCAUGGGUGACAGUGGGACCCCCCUGGUCAGCUUCUGCCAGUGCCUCAAUGAGUCUGUCAUGAAGAUCGUGGCGGUGGCUGUGUGGUACUUCCCCUUUGGCAUUGUGUUCCUCAUUGCCGGCAAGAUCCUGGAGAUGGACGACCCCACGGCUGUGAGAAAGAAGCUGGGCUUCUACGCAGUGACUGUGGUGUGCGGGCUGGUGAUCCACGGCCUCUUCAUCCUGCCCACGCUGUACUUCCUCAUCACCAAAAAGAACCCCAUCGUCUUCAUCCGCGGCAUCCUCCAGGCCCUGCUCAUCGCACUGGCCACCUCCUCCAGCUCAGCCACACUGCCCAUCACCUUCAAGUGCCUGCUGGAGAACAACCACAUUGACCGGCGCAUUGCCCGCUUUGUGCUGCCUGUGGGCGCCACCAUCAACAUGGACGGCACCGCACUCUACGAGGCUGUGGCUGCCAUCUUCAUUGCCCAGGUCAACAACUAUGAGCUGGACUUUGGCCAGAUCAUCACCAUAAGCAUCACAGCCACUGCAGCCAGCAUCGGCGCAGCUGGCAUCCCCCAGGCCGGGCUCGUCACCAUGGUCAUCGUGCUCACCUCUGUGGGACUUCCCACUGAUGACAUUAACCUCAUCAUCGCUGUCGACUGGGCUCUGGACCGUUUCCGCACCAUGAUUAACGUGCUGGGUGACGCGCUGGCCGCGGGGAUCAUGGCCCACAUCUGCCGGAAGGACUUUGCUCAGGACGCGGGCGCUGAGAAACUGCCACCCUUUGAGACCAAGCCAGUGAGUCUCCAGGAGAUUGUGGCAACACAACAGAAUGGCUGUGUGAAGAGCGUGGCUGAGGCCUCGGAGCUGACCCUGGGCCCCACCUGUCCCCACCACGUCCCCGUCCAAGUGGAGCAGGACGAGGAGCCAGCCACUACCAGCCUGGACCACUGCACCAUCGAGAUCAGCGAGCUUGAGACGAACGUCUGAGCUGGCAGAGCUGCAGAGGCCGAGGAAGCCUCCAGGGUUAAGGGCCGAGGGCAGGAUCUCAACUCACUACUCACCUGAGCAGCGACAGGGGCCAGGUGCACAAGUCCUUCACACACUUGAGGGGCCGGAAUUAGCCCCACUUGAAGGAAAAUGGGGUCACGGGGGGGUGACGCAUGUGGGUGCCCCAGCCAGAGAGUGAUGGGUCCGCAUGAGCCAAGCCCCAGCUCUGCGGUUUCCACCAGGUUGGCCUGUAGGGUGGCAGGCAGGGGUUAUGGUCCCCACUUUCUGGAUCAUAGAGUCGAGGCUCUGAGAGCUGAAAAUACUUGCCCCAGGUCUCAGAGCAAGCGAUGUAAGGGCCAGUACUCUAACCCGAGUCUUUCAAGCCCUGGCCACUCCCUCCCGGAGGACAGGGGGCCUGCAGGGCCAGAUGCCGAGAGGCUCUGCCCCUCUCCAGGAGGCCCGCAGCCACUACUGCUUUCAAUUUGUGAAGACGUAACAACAUCCUGGUCCUGCCUCAGCUGUGUCCCGGCCCAGGCCAGCCCCCCACCCUGCCCCACAACACGUGGCCUCAGACAAACAGCUCUCCCCAAGGACAGGCCCAGCCAAGGCCAAGACCCGCCGCCUUCCACGUGCCACAGCCCACCAGCCGCCCGUCCCACUGGCUCUCUCUGACAAGCCCAUCGAUGUGGAGACGAGGAUGUCUUCACUGGGGCUGCGGGCCCUUAGAAUCAUCGGAGCCAGGCUCCCACAGGAUGGUGGGCCAGCCAGGACCCAGGAGGCAGGCU